AUGGAGAAGAGUAGAAAGGUUUCAUUUUUUUAGAAGUAUUUUUGUUGCGGAACCCAAUCAGAUAUCUAAGAACCAAAAACAGCAACAAACACAUAUAUUAAAACAACAACAAUAUCUGAAUAUUUGAAUUCGAAUGAGAAGGAUCCUUCGUUGUAUUCCCUAUACUUUGUGGAUGGUUGUUAUCAAGACAAGGUGAGAAAGAUUAAAACGGAACAUCCUCUUAAAGAUUUGUUAAUUAGUGAGACCCUUACAGAAAUCACACAUCUUUCAUGUCCAAUAUGUUUCAGAUAUUUUAAUUACAUAUUAACGUCAUGUUGUUGUAUCAAUUAGAUUUGCCAUAUAUGUGCCUUAGAGUUUUAACGAUCAAAGUGUCACUUCUGUUUAAAUGAGAUUUGCACAUACAACGACGCAGAUUCAACAACAUAAAAAAUAUAUACAGAUUCAUAGGGAAUGCAAUUAAUAGCCUUGAAAUUACAAAAACAUUGA